AGAGAGCGCGAGAAAGAGGAAGAGACACUACACAACUAUGUCGAUGAUCCCUACGAGUUAGGAACGCGGUGCUCAACGCGCAGUGCAGACGGCCACUCUACCGCCUCCAAUCACUAAAGAAUUACCAACACUUCUGCUGUCAUUUCAGAACGUUCAAAUACCGGAUCGGUGUCUUGAUCGGUGACCGAAAUUCACGCCCUAGGAAGAUAUCAAUUUUCAAUGUCAAAGUAAAGGAGCAUCGCUGAUUCUGAAGAUGGAGAAAUGAACCACCGGUGAAGCUUAAAGCAGUGGGGUCAGCUGUAGAUGAGUUUCCUGCACCAUGCCGCCGGGGGUCUACGGCAUGCAGGAUGUGUGGGAGAGGGAGGGUCGGCAACAGGUCAACAUGGAGUUCCUCCUCCCCACGGGGAUCUACCUCAACUUUCCCGUAGCAUGCAGUGACACCAUUAGUGCCAUCAAGAAGAUGGUGUGGAAGAAUGCCAAGAACGAGCCCCUGUUCAGUGCGCUGAGUGACCCAGAUGCCUACGUCUUUACCUGCAUCAACAUGACCGCAGAGCGGGAGGAGCUGGAAGACGAGCAGCGUCGCCUGUGUGAUGUCCGGCCGUUCAUGCCGAUUCUCAGGCUGGUGGCCCGGGAAGGAGACCGAGUCGAGAAGCUCAUCACUACCCAGAUCAGUCUGCUUAUAGGGAAAGGUCAUCAUGAAUUUGACUCUCAAAAGAACCACGAGGUGAAUGAAUUCCGAACAAAAAUGCGGACAUUUUGUGAAGAGCGUGCUCAGGUGCGGCAGAUGUUACCAUGGUAUCAGUGGAUGGAGUACAACUUCCCAUGUGACUUGGAGCCGUGCUCUAUAGUGGCACAAUCUGGGAAAUCGCGCAGUGUCAAAAAGAUCCUUGUCAAUGUGAAGUUUGAGGGCAGUGAGGAGAGCUUCGUUCUCCAGCAAGAUCCACAGGACCUGCCGAUGGUUCUGAAACGGAACGCCCUGAGAAAGAAGUCCACCGUGUUCCGAUCGGCAAAGCAGGAGAAGCCAGAGGACUACACUCUGCAGGUUAAUGGGAGAAUGGAGUUCAUUUAUGGAACAUAUCCACUCUUCCAGUUUAAAUAUAUUUUCACGUGUUUGCAUGGAGGUCUUACCCCACAACUAACUGUGGUGCAUCAUUCAGCUAUUAUCAAGUACCAGGAGGAACAGGGUGGCCUCAGUAACCAGGUGUCCAGAAGCCGCGCUCAGUCCAAACCGCCCCCGCUGCCUCUAAAAAGGCAAAACACAUCUUCGCUGUGGCAUAUCCAGGAGCCUUUCUAUAUAUACCUUCUACAGGGUAGCCGAGUGAAUGCUGAUGAGGGCAUGAAGCUUGUGGUUCAGGCUGGCCUCUUCCAUGGCAGCGAGCUCCUGUGCAAAGUGGUGACCAGUAAUGAGGUCAGUGUUUGCUCUGAACCUGUAUGGGACCAGAAAUUAGUAUUCGACAUCAACGUGAGUGACCUGCCUCGCAUGAGCCGCCUCUGCUUUGCCCUCUAUGGCGUCAUCGAGAAGACCAAGAAGCGGCCUACCAAGAAGAAAAACAAAAGAGCGGACUGCCCGUUAGCCUGGGUUAACACGAUGGUGUUUGACUACAAGGACCAGCUGAAGACUGGAGAAUUUUCUCUGUCCACAUGGCCAUCAGUCCCAGACGAUAAAGGUGAUUUGUUGAAUCCUAUGGGCACUGUGGAGAAAAAUCCAAACAUUGACAGCACAGCUGGUCUCCUGGUUCGCUUUCCCAACAUCAGACCACACCCCUUGUAUUAUCCACCUAUCGAAAAGCUAAACGAACUAGGUCUGAAUGGUGAAAAGGUUGUUGCAACAAAAGAAGAGAACCAGAAACUGAGAGAGAUUGUAGACAAUAAAAACUUCACAGAGAUCUUUGAGGAUGAGAAGGAGCUUCUGUGGAAGUUACGAGGAGAAGUGAGGCAGAGAUACCCGGAGAGCCUCUCCAAACUCCUCCUCGUCACUAAGUGGAACAAACACGAGGACGUGGCUCAGAUGUUUGGUUUGUUACGGAAAUGGCCAGAAUUGCCCGCUCUACAUGCUCUAGAACUUCUAGACUACAGUUUCCCUGACCCUCAUGUCCGCUCCUUCACCAUCCGCUGCCUCAGGAAGUUAAGUGAUGAUGAGCUCUUUCAGUACCUCUUGCAACUGGUUCAGGUUCUGAAAUAUGAAUCCUACCUGGAUUGCGACUUGACCUGCUUCUUGCUGGAGAGAGCCCUGGCCAACAAGAAAAUAGGUCACUUCUUGUUUUGGCACCUCAGGUCAGAAAUGCAUGUUCCCUCAGUCAGCUUGAGAUUUGGACUUAUUCUGGAGGCAUACUGUCGCGGGUGCAUCUAUCACAUUAAGAUCUUGAUGAAGCAGAACGAGGCUCUGAAUAAGAUGAAGGCUCUUAAUGACUUUGUGAAAUCAGGCUGUCAGAAGGCAACCAGGAUGCAGACUACAGAGGACAUGAAAGUGUGCAUCAAACAGGACACAUACUUAGAAGCACUCUCUGACAUUGUUUCUCCUCUCAACCCAGGCAUCAUGCUGGGUGAACUCUGCACUGACAAUUGUAAGUUCAUGGACUCAAAGAUGAAACCUCUCUGGCUGAUGUACAAGGACAAAUAUGACACUGUAGGCAUUAUCUUCAAGAAUGGAGAUGAUCUGAGGCAGGAUAUGCUAACCCUUCAGAUGAUUCAGCUAAUGGAUGUUUUAUGGAAAACGGAAGGUCUUGACCUUAGAAUGCUGCCCUAUGGAUGCCUGUCAACCGGGAAUAAAACGGGUCUCAUCGAAGUGGUGAAAAACUCUGACACUAUUGCAAACAUCCAGAGAAACAACAGCAACAGUGCAGCCACCGCUGCCUUCAACAAGGACGCUCUUCUCAACUGGCUUAAAUCCAAGAACCCAGGGGAAAAACUGGAUCAAGCCAUUGAGGAAUUCACCCUCUCCUGCGCAGGCUACUGUGUAGCCACAUAUGUUCUGGGAAUAGGGGACCGUCACAGUGACAAUAUCAUGAUCAGGGAAACGGGUCAGUUAUUCCACAUAGAUUUUGGGCACUUUUUGGGGAACUUCAAGAGCAAAUUCGGGAUCAACAGGGAACGUGUGCCUUUCAUUCUGACAUAUGACUUCGUCCAUGUAAUUCAGGAGGGACGGACCAAUAAUAGCGAGAAAUUCGAACGGUUUCGUGAGUGCUGCGAACAAGCCUAUAAGAUUCUUUGCCGGAAUGGAACUCUUUUUGUGAAUCUUUUUGCCUUGAUGAAAGCUGCAGGACUCCCUGAACUCAGUUCUUCCAAAGACAUCCAGUAUUUAAAGGACUCUUUGGCACUGGGGAAAUCUGAGGAGGAAGCACUGAAGAACUUUAAAGUGAAAUUUAAUGAAGCUCUAAGAGAGAGCUGGAAGACCAAGGUGAACUGGAUGAUGCACUCUUUUGCCAAAGAUAACAGAUAAAUGGCACUCGAUUACACACUGCUACGGGAGAUCCACUGAAACCCUCUUAGCGCUGAGUUUUGAUUUAAACCGAGGCAGCUUUAAACACAAUAUAUGUUGCACUGCUGUCUAGCAUUUAUUGCAUUAUACUGCCAUGCAAAAGCAAACCGAGUUACGACAGAUAUGUGACCAGAUUCUGUUAAAUUGAGUCAAAAAAGGUCCUGCGUUUUGCCUUUGCAGGGCAGUAUAUACAUCAACAGCUGUUUAGCGAAUGUUUACAUCUGUGACGUAAUGGUAAAUAAUGCUAUACAUGUGUUUUAGUGAGACCUACUGCUUGACAUGAGAGUAAUUUCAUAUACACGUCGUUACAAUGCACUGGGAAUCGAAGCUACUAAUUUAAAAAAAAAAAAAAAAACUGUUGGCGUGCCACUAAUUUACCUUGCAUCUCUGGUUUGUUUCUGUCACACUUGUGUACCUGGAAAAAUAGCAAGCGAGAUUAAUGUAUUUAUAAUUUGUAACUGUACAGCAUAAAAUGAGUGACUUGUUCAGAAGAAGAAAACACGUUUACAUUUUCGUUUCAGGAUUUUUGUUUCUCUGUUUACAUGAAUGUGUUCGGUUGUACAUAUUCUUUUGUGUAUCAUACGUAUAUUUACAUUCCUUAAAACAGUAUUUUUUUAAUUUGAAUUAUUUGUAUAAUAGGACAAUUGUUCAUGAGGAAAGCCUUUGUAUAGUGGUGUACAUGAGAAGACAUUUUGUAUGUCAGUGUAGAAAUGAGCCUUAAAUAUUUUGUAUUCGUGGGGUAUUCUGUGCCUUUGGGAUGAGACACAAGCCAUCUUAAAGACGUGUCCAAAGAGUGUGCUUUUUGUUCAGUGAAAUGUAUGCCUUGUACUACUGUACUAUAAAUCAGGGCAAAGUGAAAUAUUAUUGCUCUGUAGAAAAUUGCGCCUGUUAAUUGUGUGCCUAUUUUGAAUAUAGACUCAGUCAAGCUUGUUUUCUCUUCCAGUUCAACCUUAAUCAGUUCCAGAAUGUAUCACCACAGUAUUCUGAAUCUACCGCUACCUGAUUUUUUCUCGUCACAUGCUUAAAUGUUGUUUAUUUGAAUCUUUAAAUGUCCUCUAGAAUGUGAAUUUUUAAAGAAGAGAUAUAAAGACAAGAUCCACCUAAUCUUAUUUAUAUAUAUAUAUAAAAGUCCUAUAAAGACCCACUGCGUACAGUUUUAAUAAUGUAAGGAAGAUUAGUGGACUGAAAAAGAACUUUCACAUAGGAUGAAUCCAUGAAUGAAUUUUAGCAUUUGUAAGGGUAUUGAUUACUAUCUAUUGGACGACUAACAGAGUAUCUCUCAUGCUACGGUCUCGUCCAAAUCAACAUUAUUUUGUUUUUGAUUAUGCACCAUGAUCUUUAGCCACUUCACAGUGUGAAACUCCGGGAUCUUGAAUUUCUUGGUUUACUAAUGUAUUGUUUCAGUUUAUAAACUGCUUUGUUCAAAUUUUUUACCAAGAUGAUUUGAGUUAUGAAAAUGUGUGCUGUUCAUUCUCAUUGCCAUAAAUUAUUGAUUUUGAAACUGA